AGAAAUAGUCAGAAACAUUGAAGCAAGAUUACUUAGAACUUACAUCAACAAACACAGAUAAAUCAUGAUGUCUAAGACGUUAGCAACUCUGCAAGACGGCCACGCGUAUACGAUAUUCGUAUGCGCGGGAUGGGCAACUAUAUCCACAAUGCUUAUUAUGUUAAACAACUAUAUACUUAACAAUGAUGAUUUCCACUAUCCCAUCUUUCUUUGUAGCUUGGGACAGUUGUGCUCGUAUAUAGGAGCUACUGUAUUCAUUCGCAUGGGAUGGGCGACUCAAAAUGCACAUCUCACACCGAUGGAUUAUGUCAAGCAGAUCCUUCCAAUUGGUUUGAUGUCUGCCGGAACUUUGGCAUGCGGAAAUGCCGCAUACAUGUAUCUGUCUGUGUCCUUCAUCCAAAUGCUCAAAGCUGGAACACCGGCUAUCACCAUGUUCUGUCUUUUUGUUUUUGGCAUGGAGAAACCCCGUAGAGACCUUUUGGUCGCUGUUGGGCUCAUCGUGGUGUCUUGUGCAGUUUCGGCAUAUGGUGAGAUAGCCUUCGCAAUGGUCGGCUUCGUCCUGAUGCUUCUGUCCGAGACAUUCGAAGCACUGAAGCUGGUUAUGACGCAGAAGCUGUUGCAUUCAACCUUUUCUGGACCAAUCGAAGCAUUGUACCAUACUACACCCAUUACAUUCCUGUGCUUAGUGGCCCUCAUCAUCCCAUUUGAGGGUAGAAAAAUACUAGUAGAAGAUGGUUUGGACAAGAUUGCUGCUAGUCCACUCAUGUAUCUGCUUGCUGGGUGUCUUGGAUUCAUUCUGAAUCUGUUUAUUAUGGCCGUAAUUAAGCGUACAAGUUCACUAAGUUUCAAAGUGCUGGGACAAGCCAAGAAUGUCGUCGUAGUAAUUAUUGGUGCUGUCUUCUUAGGCAAUCUUGUGACUCCAGUUCAGACCGUCUCUUACGGUGUUUCCAUCGCUGGGUUCUUCUUGUAUCAAAGAGCUAUGGAUAAUAAGAAAGCCGAGAACGCUACGUCAAAAGAUAUCGAAUCCAGAUCCCAAGAAUAUACUGCUUUACCACUCGUGGACGAAGGUGAAGGCUCCCUUCGGAAAGCAUCACAUACUCAUUAAUGUAAUGAACACCAUAUAGUUAUUUACGCAUCGUUACUGCGCAGUGCGAACACAUUAUAUUUGGAAGCGCUCCAUAUCAGAAUUUAUAGUAAUAAUAAACCAUAGUAGUCGUGUACAACGCUAUCUGCCGUUGGAAUAAUUGCCUAGUAUUCAUAUCGAGAACGACAAUCACUCAACGCUUUCGGAAUGUUGGAACACUGUGCUUUCACCUGUAUCGGCACCAUCUAAGGUAGGGUUAUGUGGGUUUGCAAUAAUAUAAGAACGAUUUGAUGAAUUAGAAUAGACGUUGUAUUUGGACGGGGGUAUCAACACCUCGUACUGUCACGGUAAAUAUAUUGUAGUGCUUUCCAUUCAGACGUCAUGAAUACGAGAUAGCCACUUCUUCAGUUGAAAUGCAUUUACUACUACACGAUGAUCGGUACUGACAUGUUUUGAGCUCGGGCUCGACGGAAUUGCUGUAGUUAUCAUAACCGCAGUCAUCAAAAAAAGAACAACAGAUUGAGAGCAACGACGAGAGUCAUCUGACGUUCUACAGACGCAGAUGAUGCCGUAUUGACGCUCGCUUGAUCAUUUAGAAUUGAUAUCCCUGAUUCGACGCAUUUUCCCUUGAAUUGUAUGCCGGCGUCAAUGAAGUUGCCAUGGUUAUGGAUAGCACUGAUAGGGAACUCGACAACCUCGUUAGUCAAGCUUGUGACCCUCACUUGCAAAGGUAAAGCAAGGUUUCCCUGGGGCAAUUUAAAAUACAUCGACCGAAACGGACCCUGUCGGCGUCCUGCGAGCGUGUGAUAGCGCCCAUUUACCUCCAUACUUAUACUUCGUACGCCAUAUGGAGAGCUAUUCAACAUCAAGGAAGGAGUGUUGUCAUCACUGGCACCACUAUUGAAUCUGUACUGCAGAUUUUCCGAUACUAUGGAAGGGGGGCACCGCACAAAUUCCCAAGUCACUUCUAUCGAGGCUACU